AUGUCUCAAAUCCGGAAACCUUUCAAAGAAGUCGAGGCAUCUCGACCAAAUUUCGACCAUUCGGCCAGCUUCAGCAUCUCAAAAACAAGAUCUCCAUCGUGGAGCUGGGGCGAGGGUGCUUGCGACGGCGGAGCGUGUCUCGACAAGGAGCACACUGAAAUAAACCCCAAUGAGCCUGGGCGAUCGGCUAUCAAAAACUACAAACUUUUGAUCUCAGGGAUUGUCCCAAGGCCGAUUGGAUUCCUGAGCACUCGAAAUGAGAACGGCACAUCACAGAAUUUGGCGCCUUUUAGCUAUACGCAAGUGGUGAACCAUGAUCCACCCAUAUUUGUUGUUGGAUUCGCCGGAUCAAAAGAUAAAGAUACCUUGAAAAACUUGAAGGCUACGGGCGAAUGCGUCAUCAACAUCAUCAGUGAGCAUUUCAUCGAGGCCGCAAAUGCCACCUCCAUCGAUGCCCCAUACGGCAUGAGUGAGUGGAACCUCUCGGGGCUCACGCCGGCAGCUUGUAAGGACAUCAAGGUAGAUCGAGUCAAAGAGAGCAUCUUCAGCAUCGAGGGUAAGUUGCUUGAGGUGAAAGAUUUCGAAAGCAAGUUUGAGAAGGGUGUAAAAUCGGGAUCUAUGGCCAUGAUCGAAGGUGUGAGAUUUUGGGUUCGAGAGGAUGCGUUGAACCCUGACCAGUCUACCAUUGACGCGUCUGUUCUCCGUCCAGUGAGUAGAUUGGGCGGAAUAGCUUAUGGACGAGUCACGCAAGCUUUCGAGCUUCCCAGACCUAGAUUUGAAGAGCAGAAAGAAGAAUUGUCAAGAAUAUGA